ACUGAUAAUUUAUUAUUUAAAACCGAGUUUCAAAAAAUAGAAGAACUAGAGAAAGAAAAAGUUCCACAAACACAGAAUAAAUAUAAAACACUAGAAAUACAAAUGUUAUUUAAAACCAAUGAAGCACUGCUCAAGUAUCAGAAAUCACCUUUCGCAGCUUCAAACAGAAACCCUCCACUAACACCAAAAACAUUUAGAGAAUACAUGAAUCAACUCAGUUCUAAUAUUAAAAAAUUAGAAAAAUUACAAGAACAAGAAAAAAAUGAAAAUGUAGACAAAAUGCUAACAAACCUUAUAGAUCAUAUAGCAACUAUAGAUUCUAACUUCCAGAAGUUUAAAGAAAUGAGUGAUCAAGAAGCGAAAAUGCAUCUUGAUAACAUGAAAUAUAUAGAAGCAUUACCAGAAGGAUUAAAAAAAAAGAAGCUACAUGAAACAUACCAAGAAAUACCUGAACAAAAUAUUAAUCUAACAAAAGCCCAAAGAAGAGCAAUACAAGCUAAAUUAAUAGCAAUAGCUAAUACUUCUUUAAUGAAGAAAAAAGGAAAAGAGCUAACAAAAGAUCUAAAAGAUCCUACACGAACCUUGCCAAUUACUGGAGAACCAAGUGUCCAAGGACAGGGAAUAACUAUGCAUAACACAGAAGCACUAAAAAUGCCAGAACCACCCACAGUACAAGCAUGA